AUGAAGAUCGAGUCUAUUCUCAACCAGUUGAAUGAGGUGGAACCGGAAACGAGAAACAGCCCGGAAAGCAUACAACAGCAUAAUAUGCAUGGGGAACGAAGAGGUUCAUCGUUUUCACUCUCGACGCCAUCUCCCGACUUCGCUCAAUCCAGAACACCAAGUGUACGAUCAGAUAGUCGAACUCGUACGCCUUGGGAUGCCGGUGGCUAUUCUCUACCUAGGGAUGCUGGCCCAACCACGGCUUCACGAUCUAGUUUCUCAGUAGUGUCUUGGGGGGAGCAACAAGAAUCAGCACGACGACAAAAUGUGUCCAAUUAUCACUCCAGACAAGUCUCGGUCGAUAGAUUAGCGAAGAUGAAUCUACAAGGUGCUGGGACGCCUUACACUCUACCAGUCCGAAUGCCUUCCACUCCAGAAGUUAACCAAGAUGCUUGGACACCGAAAAGCAAUUACAGCGACAGCCGCCCUUCCCAGCACAUAAGGAGGUCAAGCCUCUGGACCGAGUACAAUACGUCUCCCGCUACCGGAAGCCACAGAAUCUCAGACAGCCGAAGUAGCUUCUCGUCUUGUUGCUCCUCAACAUUCUCUGCCAGCCACUCGAGAAUCUCAUCAGUCUCUACCAUUAACGGAAGCAGUACGAUGAGUGCUGGGAUAUCAGAUUUGGAGGCUAAAUUAGAGCGUCUUCCGAGACUGACAGCGCCGCUGCCUCCUGUUGUCACUGCUCUACCUGUGAUGCCCGAUAUACGCUUGUCUGAGACUGCCAAUGCUGGUGAGUCAUUGUCUUUUGGCAGCCCAUCCGACUCGAUUCUAGAGGCAAGGAUGAUGAGGAGAAAGCACAACCACUUGUCAGAAGACCGAACCUACUUGAAGCCAAAAGACCAUCUUUUGCAAUCCCUGGAUCGCGCACACAAGCGAACCAUUUCGGCCCCAAACCCCGCCCAAAGCUCUACUCAGCCCUUUCUUCGGACUCCAACUGCUUUACCAUCACUUGCGUCCAGGCACUUCGAGACCGCAGCUCUGCCAUCACCACAAAUCAACCCAGUUUACAACCGCCCGGACCUCGAGCAGUAUCCCUGGGCCGAUCGAGGAGAAAGCUCCCCAGUCCCUAGCAUGGCGACGAAAUCUCCCUUGGAGCCUCAAAAAAGUGCUAAGGUGUUGCCUGACAGAAGUCUUCAAGCAAACACAGUAUCUCAGGCCAGCUCAAACGACCGUGUUGUUACAGCAUGCCGCCGCUUCAGGAAAGUGGAUGUCAACGCACCUCUUGAGGGUGGCGAUAUUUGCAUGGCUGUCGAAAACUGCACCACUGGAUCAGUCCCUCGCAAGGUCAUCUCUCACCUCUUCGGCCGCAAUAAGGUCUGCACCCGCCGCAUCCCUGAGCGUGUCUGGGUGUGCAUGUGCCGUAAGCACUACCAGCGAAUCCGCUACCGCACAGGCGCCGACUUCAGUUUGACACAGAUUGGUAUGGUAUACGAGCAGAUUGUCCGAAUGAUCUUCUGGAGCCGAGGCCUGGAGAAUCCCAACAGGACCAACCAGGAGGGUAUCGCCAUUCGAUCAUGGACAUUCUCGAUUCGCAGGCGUGAGGUUAAGCGCCUGGCCGACGCCAACGGUCGAGACCUCGUUCCUCGAUGGAUCAUGCAAAGCCUUGGUGAAGGUAAGACGCACGACGAGAUCCUGGACGUAGUAGAACGCCUGCACCAAGAGAUUCAACAGGGGGUGCUGAAAGAGGUUCCCCCGGUUGAGUUUCUUCCAGAAGUUGUCGACGCCUUCACAAAUGCACCUCCUCAACUUCAGACCCAUUUCUCGAGCGGAGGAGAAACUUCAUUUACUGGCCAAUCCAGUCGUUCAUUGAACCCCGGGGAAUCAACAGAAUCCCCUGCCUCGUUUGUUAAAGACUCCUCACCUCUCGAACCAGUUCAGGAAGAAGGAUCUAUGAGCGACCGCAACAGCGAGCAAUCAGCUUCCUCGCCUACGCCUCCGGCUGCUUACAAUGGACAUCGCCCUGUUCACCACUCUCAGUCUCUUAACAUCGAUGCACCCAACCGAACAACUACGUACGCCUCCGGCGCACCAUCUCCUCUGGUGGAGUCUGUUAUAAGACCAGGUAUCGAUCGACGACACAGUCUUGCCUACCAAUACAGUCAGAACCCAUUACCACCUCCAAUAAGCUAUUCCAGUAUUAAUCGUCAGAUGCAGGCGCCAGUGACCGAUCACCGAGGUUCAUACGAUAACAGCCGUCAUUCACGCGAGGCUUACAGUGGUGAUUACCACUAUGGCCCCAGUGAAUUUGUACUAACUGGCAGAAACUCCUCGAUACCUGCGGCUGCUAUGCCAAUGAUGGACGGCGAAGACCGGACAUCACGCAUGGUGGGCUAUGUUGGCCAGGGCAGCCGAGACAGCCGCAACGAUUAUGCUAUGCCAAUCAAUCCCCAAAUCACUUCGGCCUAUCCUCAUUACCCUCCUUAUGGGUCCGGUCCUCUUCAAGGACAGACCGGCGGUUACUCGUGGCAAGAUGCAACAGAACGUCAUUCUCAGUUUAGAUUGAGCGGCGCAGACGUAUCAAUUUCUCCGUCGAUGCCCGAUGAGCGGUCUUGCCCUGAUAUUCCUCAUCCACAGAGCCAUGAGCCGUACUGGUAUGCUGCCGAGACUGGGUCAAACACUAGGAUCGGCCGCUCUGUGAACCAAUACCAGCAGCACACAUUGGCUUUCGCUGGGGAGACUAGCCUCCAUUCUUCGCGCCAGUACCCAAGGGAAGAAAAUUCAGAGUCCUGUGGUGCUGGCCUAGGUCCUGGAGAAGUAAUUCCCACCACGUAUUCAGCAUCGAUGUACGAUCCGAGAUACCAGCAUGGUUACGCACCUACGGGUUUGUUUGGCGGCAAUCACACUCGUGGCAACCAUCAGGAAUUUCAGUACAAUCAUGCGACCAGUGACGGCGACGAGGACUGGCACGGUACUCGGGCUUCCGGCAAAAACAACCAUCAAGGGGACAGGUUCUCUGAUUAA